AUGAAAAGUAAAUUGCAAUCUGCUAUCGGAUGUCGAAAAAGACUUAGAAAGAAAGUAAAUAUAAAAUACAUAGAACUGGCCAAGAAGGUUUCUGUCUUUUUUAACCAAUAUGAUGUGAGCCGAGCUACUGCCGUUUCUGAUUCUAACUCGCGAGGUUGCAUGUAUUCAACAUGUGAUUUUUACAAAGAUACAUGCUUUGAGUAUGAAUUACUAGACCGAACAUUAGAUGAGCCAGUAUCAUGGUUAGAGUGGACGGUCAAAACAAUAGAAUAUGAAAAAAAUCAAGUAAAGAAAAUGGCUAACAAGACAGUAAAGCAGAUUAUUUCAGUGCUUGCUAAAUUAAAGAAGAAAGAAUAUAAUAGGAAGCGUAGAGAAAAAAUCAAGUCUGAUUCGAAAAGUUUGGAAAAACAGCGAGCAUUAGAAAGACUUAAGUAUUUAAAAAAGAAAGAGAAAGGCCAAAUAAAACCCAUAUCUAUGUUAAGUUCUAAAGAAAAAAGUAAAUUAGUGAAAUUUACAACUGGCAAAUCAGGUUAUCUCCUGCACAAAUACACGUUUUGCAAACAAAGCAAUAUUCGUAGAGGGCAAGCUUCGCGUUGGGUGUGCAGCCAGAACGGCAAGUGCUCAUCCUACAUACAUCUCGACAACAAUUACAAACUUCUCUACCAAGCUCCUAUAAAACACACUCAUAGCCCUCCCGAUUUAAUGGAAGUUGGACCUAAUUUAUUUAUAAAACUA